CCACCUUUAGAUGAUUAUCAUCUGAUGGUCAUUCUAUUUCUUAAUUUUACUUAAAGAGAUGUCUGGAUAUACGUCUGUUUAUUUUCACUUUCCUGACAGAUCAAAAGCUCCCCGUGUUUUUGUGAUCAUUGGGUCACUUCACAGCACCCAUGGCUGAAAAUGUGGACAAUGUUGUCCCUAAUGUGUCAAAUGGUGGAGCGGAGACCAACCGGCAACCUCAGACCGGCGGCACAGGAGAUCCCAGCAGGAAUGAGGUGGAGCUGAACGGACAGCUGCCGACUGCACGGCCACCUCAGGUGGUAAAUGACGGCGAGGAAGACGAAGAUGAGGAACUGACUCUAAAAUAUGGAGCUAAACAUGUUAUCAUGCUGUUUAUUCCUGUGACACUGUGUAUGGUGGUUGUGGUCGCAACAAUCAAAUCGGUAGAUUUCUACACGCACAAGGACGGAGAGCAGCUGAUCUACACUCCGUUCCGUGAGGACACCGAGACCGUGGGUCAGCGCGCUCUCAACUCGAUGCUCAAUGCCAUCAUUAUGAUCAGUGUUAUAGUGGUCAUGACCCUUGUGCUGGUGGUGCUCUACAAGUACAGAUGUUAUAAGGUGAUUCAAGGUUGGCUGUUCUUCUCCAAUCUCCUCCUCCUGUUCUUUUUCUCCUUCAUUUAUUUGGGGGAAGUGUUUAAGACGUACAACGUGGCCAUGGACUACUUCACGCUAGCGCUGAUCAUCUGGAACUUUGGAGUUGUAGGAAUGAUUUGUAUUCAUUGGAAAGGUCCUCUGCGGCUCCAGCAGGCGUAUCUCAUCAUGAUCAGUGCUCUCAUGGCUUUGGUCUUCAUCAAAUAUCUUCCCGAGUGGACCGCAUGGCUCAUCCUGGCUGCUAUAUCUGUCUAUGAUCUGUUGGCGGUGCUGUGUCCGAAAGGACCUCUGCGUAUACUUGUAGAAACGGCUCAGGAGAGAAACGAGCCCAUUUUCCCAGCCCUCAUCUAUUCCUCAACCAUGGUAUGGCUGUUCAAUAUGGCUGACACGGCAGACAGCAGGAACUCUAGCCAUCCAGUUCCUCAACAGGAAAACCAAGUCCUCUAUCUGUCCCCAGUGGUCGCAAUGGCACCUACAGCUCAGCCUGAAGAUGACGGCGGUUUCACGCCGACGUGGGUCGAUCACCAGCAGCAUCAGUUGGGCCCGAUGCAGACCUCGGAGGAGACCAGAAGACAGAUCCAGGAGUUGCCCUCUGCACGUCCCCCACCUGUGGAUGAUGAUGAUGAAGAAAGGGGUGUGAAACUGGGUUUGGGAGAUUUUAUCUUUUACAGUAUGCUGGUUGGUAAAGCGUCAGCUACAGCUAGUGGGGACUGGAACACAACUUUAGCCUGCUUCGUGGCCAUUCUCAUCGGUUUAUGUCUGACUCUACUGCUCCUCGCCAUCUUUAAAAAGGCCCUUCCAGCUCUACCCAUCUCAAUAACUUUCGGCCUGGUCUUUUACUUUGCCACUGAUAACCUGGUUCGUCCGUUCAUGGAUCAGCUGGCCGUUCAUCAGUUCUACAUUUAGUACGAAGAGGUCACUUCUUACGUACUGCUCAUUUCCAGAAUCCACUGACAGGGAAAAUUGACACCCUGUAGACGCAUACAUUUCUACUGGACACUUGACUGGAUUUGCCGAUUUUGGCAUUAAAUAACACUAUAUAUUUGCAGUGCCUCUCCAGUGACUGAUCUUAAUAUUCACUUUGAAAACAUGCUUGGUCGAUAUGCCGAACACUUGCUUGUUCAGCAAAAGCAAAGACCAUCUUACAUGUAUGAAUGCAUUGGAUGGCAGCGAUUUUAACUGUAUUAUGCGGAAUGGGACCAGUUUGCUUUCAUCACCAAAUCUUGCAUUAACUCUCUAGGCAUUAUGUUAAUAUCAGCUGUGAUCAAGUGAGCAUUAAUGUGUUGGAUUCACAAACACAGGUAGGUACUGACUUGUCUUCUAGGGGGUUUUGGGAGCAUUGGUUGAGUUGCAUUUUUUCACGUUUUGCUCUUCAAGAACAUGCAGGAGCAUUAUUUCAGAAUGUAUUAUAUGAGUCCUAAAUGUCUUUUAUGUUAAACGUCUCUGCACGAAAGGAUACGUUUGUGCAGGAACUGUUUUUUACCAGUGGAACGGUUGAUGAACGUUGUUUUUUUUUCGUAUUACCCACAUUUUUCGUCAUUUCAAGAAAUUGCUAAUUUUUUCUAACUUGUAAAUUGAAUGAUUCACAAAUAAAGGGGUUGCUCAUUUGAGCAAAUGUAAAAAAAAAACAUUUCUUCUUUUAAUAAAAAUAUGUGCUUGUU